AAGCUGCAUCUCAGGCAGCUCAAGAUAUGAACUCGAAGAAAUAUACUCCUCCAUCACAAGCCAAUCAGCAGGUGAAAAAGAAGCCGGGGGAGCAGGUGGCUAUGUAUGAUGUAGUGCCUACAAUGCGUCCUGUGGUUCUAAUGGGACCAUCACUGAAGGGCUUAGAGGUUACAGAUAUGAUGCAAAAAGCACUAUUUGACUUUUUAAAACAUCGAUUUGAAGGCAGAAUUACUAUUACGCGGGUAACAGCAGAUAUCUCACUGGCAAAACGAUCCAUCCUCAACAACCCUGGCAAAAAGGCCUUAAUGGAUCGCUCCAACACCCGCUCCAAUUUAGCUCAGAUCCAAGGGGAGGUGGAGCGUAUCUUUGAGCUCGCCCGCAGUCUGCAGUUGGUCAUUUUAGACGCAGACACCGUCAACCACCCUAUGCAGGUGUCCAAGACCUCCCUGGCUCCAAUUCUUGUCUAUGUAAAGAUCUCCUCACCAAAAGUGUUGACAAGACUGAUCAAGACCAGGGGGAAGUCUCAGACCAAACAUCUCAAUGUUCAGCUUGUGGCAGCAGACAAGCUUGCUCAAUGUCCACCAGAAAUGUUUGAUGUCAUCUUAGAUGAAAACCAGCUAUCGGAUGCCUGUGAGCACAUUGCUGAUUACCUGGAGUCCUAUUGGAGAGCCACUCAUCCGCCAGAGAUGGAGUCUGCCAACGCAGUGGUGGCCCAGCUGGCUGAGAAUACACUGCCUGCCAGUCCUACAGUAAUACCGGAUGAGCAGAAAAGCAAGAAGUCAGGUGCCCCUAAGAGGAAAGGCUCACGGGAGAACAAUCUAGACCAUGAGCCCCCUUCAGUCCCGGCUCAGGAGCAGACCGCUGAGGAGGGCCAGAGAGAGGAGGAAGAGCGGCUCCUGAGGACUGAGCCAAAAAGACCCCAGCACACCCACCACCAUCACCAUCACCACCACCACCGGCGGACGGAGCACCACAGCCACGCCCAGCACAGCCAGCCUUCGGGUGGCAUGGAAAUACAGUCGAGCAGGGAUUACGCCUCAAGGCCUCCUCGAAGGUACAUGCCCGAGGAGAGGGAUGGCGAGGUGGACGAUGUCCUAAAGGAGGACGAGGAGGAGAUUUACUGUAACUUCCGGGUUCAUAACCACCAUCAUCACAACAGUAACCACCAACACCAUCACCACCACCACCACCAACAUCAUCGUGGAAACAUCCAGCCAUAUGUUGGGGAGGACUACGAACAGGAGCACAAUGAGCGCAACCGGCAGCACAGACAUCACCAGCAUAUUCCACCACGGACACACCACACAACGGAUCACUAUACUGCACACAACCAUCACAGCUACCACCACUACCCAGGCAGAGACCGGGAGAGAGACCGGGAGAGAGACAGGGAAAGAGAAAGAGACAGAGAUAGAGACAGAGAUAGAGACAGAGAUAGGGAUAGAGAAAGACAUAAGGACAGGGAAAGGGACAGGGAUAGGGAUCGAGGUAGGGAUAGAGAUAGAGACAGAGAUGCUCGACAGUGGCACAGAGAUUCCUAUAUACACUAGUGACUGUUGUUUCUACUCCAGGUUGAUGCAUGGAAUUAUGCUUCUCCCCUUAUAAUGCACUAAUGGGCAGGGCAGGUUAUGUCUUCUUUGUAGUCAAUGUUUCUCCUCAUAUUUCAUUUUUUAAAGAUUUACCCUGUCCCACAUGCACACAUUUGGUUCUUUCUUAUUUUAGCUCUUGUAAGAUAAAAUUUUUUGUAUGUUUUAUCCUAAGUCUUACGGCUCCAUACGUGUUUUGGCACAAACAGUGGUCAAGGUUAAACUGCAUCAGAACACUCAUGACUCGCUCUAGUCUAGUGUUCACGAUAAUAAUUUCAUAUAUAAUUUCAGUAUCCACUAAGGUUGGUUUUUUAAUUUGUCAUGAUCACUGCAGCCAAUGGAUUUGUCUGACCACCAGUCCAAUAUCUAAAGAUGCUCAGUUUACAGUAAUUCAGAAUAGCAGCAACAACAAAAAACAUGUAUUAUGUUUUGAUUCAGUAUACAGUAGCUGUGACAUCAGACUAAAAUGUUUUACUGUGACUUUGUUUUGAUAUUGUGAAACAUUAUUUUGUGUCAACUUGGUUCUUGAACCAAACAAAACAAUCAGUUUGGAAAUGUCACUUUAAGCUAUUGAACUGCAAUUUGAAUCUUUGGAACAUUUUAUUGACUAAAGAGUAAAUUUACUAAUGUAUAAAGUGGCAGGUUAAUCAAUUAAACGAAAUCAUUAUUUGCAGCCCAUUAAUGUUUAUCUCCCUUAUCUGACAAUUAACUAACUCAUUAAAUGCACAAAAUGUGAAAGAAAAGUUACAACAAUGAAUGUUGUAUUUUAGGAUAUUUUCUUCUACAUGUCUGCACAGUGAGAUUUUUUUUGUCUGAUCAAAUGUUCAUAUAACUGUGGCGAACAACCGACUUGUGCAUUUCGGUGUCACAUCUUCAUUUAAAUUGGUGUGCCCAAAGACAAGUUAUUUUAAACACUGUUAUGAAAAGUCAAACUAUUUUUCUACAUGAUUUGAGAGUGAAGUCACUACUUUACUUCCUACUUUUUACACUGGUGUACAAGCAUAUUUACUGACUCGUGUUUGCUGUGUCUGGAAGCAUGAAUAAUCUUUUGGUGACACUGACCUGUGCUAUAUGCUGGAUACUCUAUGCAUCUUCUUGUGAUAAAAUAUAUUGCUUGAAUACAAUCUCUAUGCAUUUGUACAUACUUCAUAAUUGCCUUGUUAAGUAAAUGUAAGGAGAACCAGAGAGCCUCUUGCACUGUUUGGUAAGACUUUGGUAGAACCACAGACUUAACAAGACGGGAUUGACUCUGUUCCUUUUAAGACUUUUUUUGGCUAUCUUUGUUUGUUUGUUGGUUUUGUACAGCGUUCAGAAGUUAAGUUCGACAAAUAUGCAUUCUAUUAUUGAAAAUCAUUAAAC